AUGCACACGCAGGACUCACAACGGCUGGAUGACCAGUAUCUGCAAUAUCUCCACUCGCUAGACGACGAAGAGCUUCUUAAACAUAUAAAGACUCUUCUGCAGGGAAUUACUGAAAAUGAAAGGCAACUUCCUGCUGCUCAAUCAACACCCUCUGGGCCCAAAAUCAGGUCUCAGGUCUCAAAUGCAAGCUCAGAUCCAUUCGACGAUGGCCUAGAUAACGUUCUUCAAGACAUAAGUGUUCCAGCUCCUUCUCCGGUUCCGAAUCCGGCUCCGAAUGGUGUUCACAGAAACACAGUUCAUUCUUCGCCCACCAAAGGCGAUAACGAAGUCGAAGCAUCAGCAGCCAUUGCUGCUUCUCUUGAGAGUGACAGUCUGUCAAGCGAAGAGGAAAAAUACAAACCAAGUGAAUUCGGUGAUUACGGAUCGUACUUUCAAAAGAAGAGAAUAAAACAGCAAGAAACGGAUGAAGCCUACGUCAAGUGGGAUAGAGAGCGGCGGAAAAUACAAGGUGAAGAGAGCUUCAACUCGGAAAUCUUCAAGGGAUGUGCUGUGCAUGUCAAUGGACACACUGAACCACUGAUGGCUGAAAUCCACCGACUAGUAAUUAUUCAUGGUGGAACAUUUAUUGGGUAUCUUUUGAACAAGGGAGUUGCAACACACAUAGUUUGUGACAGAUUGACACCUCGAAAACGAAUCAUGUUCAAAAACUACAGGGUGGUCAAAGCUCAAUGGAUCGUGGACUGCGUAGCAAAGGGCCAGCUCCUUCCCUGGGAGGACUAUAGGCUUAUUGACAAUGUUGCGUAUGAUCAAAGCCGACUCUCGUUUGCAAAGGUGAUCCGAGAGGAAGAGAAAGUGGAAGAGAAAGAGGAAGAGAGCAAGAAUGACAAAGACGAUGCCGAAGAAGAUAAGUUUGAGGAAGAGGCUGAGGAGUUUGAGGAUGAACCCAGUCCUCUAGAACUGCAAAAAGAACAAGACAUGCAAGAAGCAUCACAGGAAAGUCGCAAAGAGUACAUCACUUAUAUCAACGAACGUCAGAGGAGCGAUCAGAAAACAACCUUUGAUGCCAAACAUCCGGAUUUCAUUGAGCAUUUCUUCUCGAACUCACGGCUUCAUCACCUCAGCAGCUGGAAAGCAGACUUGAGACGUCAAUUUCUAAGGCGUAUAAUUGGAACAAAGCAAUUUACGGAACACAAGGGUGUAAAAACUGGCAAAAGCGUUAUACUUCAUGUGGAUUUUGAUUCAUUUUUUGUCACAGCCUCCUGCUUGAGCCAUCCAAAUCUUGACAUAAAGAAGCAGCCCAUAGCUGUUAGUCAUGGAACCAAGACCUCAGAUGUGGCCAGUUGUAAUUAUGUUGCAAGACUGUUUGGCAUUAGAAAUGGUGAAUGGGUAGGUCGGGCGAUGAAAAAGUGUCCCGAAUUGAUUGUGAUAGAAUAUGAUUUCGAUGCUUAUGAGCGAUGUUCCAAAGAACUAUACAAUUUUUUGAUUGACUCCAAGAUUUUCGAUUCUGUGUUUCCUGUGCUGAUUGACGAGGUGUUGCUCGAUGCUACAACUUAUUGCUCUAAUUCGUUCAGUGACAGCACUUUUGAACAACGAGUCCACGACCUAAGCAAAAUGAUCCGAGAGAGAGUCUAUGAGUUGACACUGUGCCCAGUCAGUGUGGGUGCAUCGUAUAACGUUCUUCUUGCAAAACUUGCACUUCGAAAAGCAAAACCAGAUGGUCAAUUUCAGCUCUUUGAUAAUGUGGAGCAGUUCUUAACUGACAUCAAGGUCAAUGAUCUACCUGGCGUUGGCUAUAGUCACUCGGAAAAGUUGCAAGAAAUAAUGAAUACCUCUAGUAUUCCUACUGCCGGAGAAGUCAGACAGCUCUCACUCACGAAACUUAUCAAUGUUCUCGGAGAAAAGACAGGCCAAAAGCUUUACAAUUAUGCAAGAGGAAUCGAUCUGACAUCAAUAAAUAUCGACUUGACCAACAAAGAAGCAGUUUUAGGCCGCAAGUCCGUAUCUGUUGAUGUCAACUAUGGUAUUCGGUUUGAUACCGUUUUACAGCUUGAUGAUUUCUUCAUGAGACUUGCUAAAGAAUUGUACAAAAGGCUAAUAUCGCUAGGCAUCUGUGGAUCACAAGUAACUCUCAAACUAGCCAAGAGAGCCGCUGGUGCUCCAGUAAACCCGCCAAAAUACCUUGGUAUGGGUCGGUGUGAUUUUGUUAGCAAAUCUUCAAGACUUGGUAUCCCCACUAAUGACUGGGGUGUUGUUGGUUCAGAACUCAAAUCAUUGUACAGAAUGUCUCAAGUCCCUGUUCAAGAUUUGCGUGGCAUCGCUGUAACUAUGACAAGACUUGAAGACGUGGACUCCUUGGCCAAAUCGAAGCAAGCUCAACUACCAUUUUACCGCUCAUCUGAUGGACCUGUUGAGAAACAGAAAACACCUGUACGCAAACAAAGUAAGGAAACCAAAGUAAGUAGGGAAGAUGUGGCUAAUUUGGGAAUAGACUGGGAUGUCUUGCAAGAGCUACCUCCAGAAAUUCGAACCGAAAUUGAAAGCGAGUUGAAUCGUCGAAAUCUAGGGUCCAGCAGGUUAAAUAAAGCUCGAGGAAAGGCAUAUCUCCAGCAGCUUUUCCCUUCACAAGCUGGAGCACCGGCACCAUAUAUUCGGACUGUUGAAGCCAAGAGUUCUCCUAAGAAACGAAAAACUGCCUCCAAAUCACCACUGCCUCAGAAACCUCGAGAACCUGUCGUGUUCAGCGAGAACAGCUCGUAUGAUAUGUCGGUUCUUGACCAACUUCCACUGUCUUUACAAGAGGAAAUCAAGAGGGACAUUGAGUAUAAGAAAAAGAUCAAGAAAUACGACACCACGUCGAUGAGAGACAAGCUCAUGAACGUCAAAAGACUGAUAGUAAAAAGCAUAGACGAUGAAUGGCUCUCUACAAGAGCGUCAUUGAGCACUUUGCCCAAGUUUCAAGGUGAAACCUUAUCGGUUCGUACCAUCAUGAUCAAGAUCAAAGAAUGGAUUGAGAUGUCGUUGGAACAACAAGGUCCACACCGCGAUGAUGUGGAACUAUUCAUGACAUUCUACAAGGAUCUUUUGGCACAAAACGAUAUCUUUAGGUGUCUUUCAAUUGUGAAACACAUCAAGCUUCAACUAAUUAAGCAUCAGGCAAAAGUGAACUACGAACCCAAUGACUUUGUCGAAAUAGGAUUGAACGAAUGGAAGCUGAUACUACAAGACAAGAUAAUCGCUGCAUUUAAAAGCCAUUGCGAGCACAAUAACCUCAAAGUAGAUAACGAGUAUGUAACAUGA